AUGGAACGAACUCUGAAAACAUCUCCGAUACUUGCUUCCACAUCGUUGACCGAACAGGGCCCAUCGGGAUCGGCCCCACCACAUUUGCCCCGGGGGGGAGAAUUGAAAACACUUGACGGUAAACAUAAUGAACCAAAUCAUCUGAUCGAAUCANCAUCGGAGGAUGAGCUAACAAAUCCGCCGGAAAUUAAACCACCAGAGGAAAAUCCUCCAUGGACUUCAAAGUUACACGAAUCAGCUGAUCAUCACUCAGCUGACGCGAUGAAAAACACCCCAAUCGGUGAUAUAAACAAACCUAUUCCGACCACCAACAUCCUGCCUCCAAGACCACCGGGAUUCAUUGCAGACGAUACCGCCGUCCAACAUCAUCAACCGCAUGUGGAACACUUCUCCGGAUUUCCCCGUGAUGCUGGUCGGGUGAACCUUCCACUUCAUCCCCCGCCACCUUCCCCGCCGGCACCGCCACUUCCACCACACAAACAUGGCCUCGUCAAGGAAUCAAAUGCUUUCGGUAUCCCUCGAGAUGAAAAAGCAUUCGGACCGGACGGAUUUGCCGGUGAGAAUCAGAAGUUGGCCGAAAAAGAUCCGAUUGCGGCAGAUAAAACAAAACCGUGGAUGAAUUUCCGUCUGUUGCUUGGCGAUGAUGGUAAAGUCAAAUUGGAAAUGACCCCUUCGGGUGAAUCGACAAAAGAAAAGGACCCUAAAUUGCAGGAAAGCCUAGAGUUAUUUAUGGGCGCACUCCGGGCACGACAGCAACACCAACAACAACAGCAAGGCCCAAUGAAGGGAAUGCCAUCAGCACCAGGAGGAGAAAAUCCGAUAAUGGGGUCAAAUAUGGCUAGUAGACCCGACCCGCAUCCUAUUCAUUUACCUCACUUCCAACCUCAAUUUACCGAGAAUGGUGGACAACCGCUUCCAAAUGAACCAUUCCAUGGACCGCCGAUACUGCAACCAAUGAAUCCCGAGCCGCACGGCCCUCAACCUUUCGAUUUUCACAGACCGCCUGAUUUCACCCACCAUCAUCCUCAUCCGUCCGUGCCGAUGCCAAUCCCAGAGGACAGAUUUGCUUGGGGAGAACCGAAACUGCUCUCAGACAAGGGCACCGCUAUCAGUACAAAGAAAAAAGGAGAUAGUAUAACCAUUUUGGAUGCGGCUGCAAUUCCCCUGAUCUUUGAUGUGGAUAAUCCAAUCACAAGCGGUUGUGUAAAACUUAAAUGUCCCAAAACUUGUCCCGGAGAUUUACGCAAACUUUCCCCCAAAACUGGGUGUCCCACAUGUGACUGUUGUCCUACCAUUCAGUGCAAUCUGAGCUGCACUUUUGGUUACGAUGCAGAUGCUAAUGGGUGCCCUGUGUGCAAAUGUAUGACACAAUUAUGA